AUGUCUGGAGAGUCAAAUAUGCUCGUAGAUGACGAACUAGCAUUUGAUGGAGCUGCCGGCUCCCCCAUCGUGUCUUCAAUCCCUGCAGACACUACAAGGGCACAGACCAACUCACUUCAAUUCCCUGACACGAUCAAGUAUAUUUACUGGCCGAGCGCCGCCGCUACGCGGCCGUAG